AUGUCACCAAGAAAGCGAUCCCGUUCGAACAGUUCAAGUUCUAGCUCGAGAUCUAGUUCGAAAUCAAAAAGUCGCAGUCGUUCACGAUCACGUAGUAGAAGUAAAACCUAUUCCCCCGAUCGCAAUGAGGAAGGACGUCUUCACGUCACAAACAUCGAUGAAACGGUUCGUGCAAAGGAUCUUGAAGAGGCAUUCGGGCGUUUCGGUAAAAUAAUAGAUAUCUGGGUUGCCAGUUAUCCACCGUUGUUCGCAUUCGUUGUGUUCAAAUCUAGAUCCGAAGCAGAUCAGGCUCUAGCUGCUAUCAAUAAUACGUAA